AUGGUGAGACAUUGUCCUAUGUUUGGGCAACAAAAAGGAAAUAGGCCAACUGCUAGUUCAACCGGUUUCACUCCUGCAACAAAGACCCAGGCAAGCCCCACUACUUCUAGAGACAAUGUUAGGCAAGGGAGAGUCUUUGCUCUUGUUCUGGGUGAUGUCCAAAAUUCAAAUGUUGUGGUUUCAGGUACGCUUUCCAUCAAUGACCAACUUGCUCAUGUGCUACUUGAUUCGGGUUCCACCCAUUCCUUUAUUUCGAAAACAUUUGCUUCUAAUUUGACUAGAUCUACGGAACCCUUGAAUUAUGUGUUGUGUGUGUCUCUCCCAUCCGGGGACUAUAUGUUAUGUGCUUCUAUGUAUCCUGCAUGUGAGCUUUUACUUGGAGAGAAUCCAUUGUGUGCUAAUUUGAUGCCUCUUGAUAUGAAAGGUUGUGUGGGUUAUUUGUGUAGUAUUUUGUAUAUAGAGACAACUGAGGUGGGUGUUGAAAAUAUUCAGAUUGUUAGUGAAUUUCCGAAUGUAUUUCCAGAAGAAUUACCAGGGGACUUGAUAGAUCGUGACAUUGAAUUUGUCAUUGAUAUUGUACCGGGUACUCAACCGAUUUCCAAGGCUCCAUACAAAAUGUCCCCAACAGAAAUGAAAGAAUUGAAAAUACAGUUGCAACAAUUGCUUGACAAAGGGUUCAUCUGA